AUGCGUACUAAACUUGAAGUUGUAACGCAAGACUAUGGUACAGAGACUGUGGAACAGGGCCGUGCCCUUGCUAGGAAGGAGUUAUACGAUACACAAAACCCGCCACUUGAUCAAUGGUUUAAGCUUAAACUUCCAUACAAGGCUCUCGAUAGCCCUGAUAUACCUUCAAUGGCUGAUAUUGAACAAGGUAUGAAACAUAGCCUGUUAACUCGGUCUGGUGGGUGCUUCCAAGUAUGCAGGAUCGGAAACCUCGUCGUCAAAUGUGGCACCUGUCCAAGAAUCAUACAGGAAGCAGAGAACAUGCUUUUCCUCCGGGAACACAGCCAAGUCCGGGUUCCCAAAGUCUAUGCCGCUUUCAUCGACCCUUUCUUCGUUGACGACAACUUGACAACCGAAGUAUUCUACCUGGUCAUGGAAUUUAUCGAAGGCAUCACGCUGACCCAGUUUAUAUUCCAGGGUCUCGACGAGAAGUCCCAGAUGCAGAUUUGCUCGAGUCUUGGAGACCAAUUUCAACUUCUCCGAUCCGUUCCUGCUCCACCUGAGAAAUCCUUUGGCCGUAUUUACCAUCAAGGUAUAAACCCUCGAUUCGCCCUUACAUGUUCUCGAUGUAAGGAAAUGGCUGGACCCUACAAUACUUAUAGCGAUCUCAUUUCAGCUAUGCAUACAAGUGCUGAGUGGGACCUCAUGAUGCGGACUAAUAGCCUAGAGUUUACAAGCAAAGAAGCAGAGUUUUUGUCGCAGUUCAAACCCAGCUUGGAAGUAACUGAAGAGCACAAGCCUGUGUUGACGUAUCUGGACCCUAGAUUUGAGAAUAUGAUUGCCCGACCUAUCACAGGGGAUGAUGGCGAGGUCAAGGACUGGGAAGUUACCCUGAUUGAUUGGGAUCUAUUCUUCUGGAUGCCAGUCUGGAUGCAGUGUGCGGCGUUGCUCGAGCGGAUUUGGUUUUGGACCGAGGAAUCAAAUCUGAAUGGGCCUAUAGUACAUCUCCCAGAACUGAGAGCGAAGUUCCAUGGGCAGACUCUUUUAAUUGCUGGCAGUUCUGUAGUGAAACGUCACGAUUAA